AUGGAGGUUGCGGACGGAAACGAUGACUUGUUGGAUUGGGAGACCUUGUACCAGCUGCCAGUACAGAACGUUUCCUAUAACACCACUGAUUGGGUGCCCAGCGGAUGGAAUACCACUGUGGCCAAUACUACAUGGUGGGAUGCGCCCUUUGAAUCACCUUCAGCUCUCUUACGCGCUGCAGCUAAAGCCGCUGUGCUGGGCUUACUCAUUUUGGCAACUGUAGUAGGUAAUGUAUUUGUGAUAGCUGCAAUACUCCUUGAGAGGCACCUACGAAGUGCUGCCAAUCAACUUAUUUUGUCAUUGGCGGUGGCAGACCUAUUAGUGGCUUGCUUGGUUAUGCCUCUGGGUGCAGUGUACGAAGUAGCGCAACGGUGGACUCUGGGCCCAGAACUAUGCGACAUGUGGACCUCAGGCGACGUGCUCUGUUGCACUGCCUCUAUAUUACAUCUCGUAGCCAUCGCUCUGGACAGGUACUGGGCUGUAACAAACAUAGACUACAUCCACGCUCGAACCGCUCGCCGUGUAGGUUACAUGAUCGCGUGCGUUUGGAUCGCCAGUUUCCUGGUGUGUAUUGCCCCUUUACUGGGAUGGAAAGAUUCCGAUUGGAAUCGACGAGUUUCAGAAGACUUACGAUGCGUUGUCAGCCAGGACGUAGGUUAUCAGAUAUUUGCAACGGCAUCUUCGUUCUACGUACCUGUACUCGUUAUAUUAAUAUUGUAUUGGCGAAUAUACCAAACUGCUAGAAAGAGAAUAAGGAGACGACCCGGUACUACCACACGAGGCGCGGGACCACCACCUGUUCCAGCGGGUGGAGCUUUAGUAGCUGCAGGAGGCAGUGGUGGUAUAGCCGCCGCUGUCGUUGCAGUUAUCGGUCGCCCAUUGCCAACCAUAUCGGAAACUACUACGACGGGGAUCACAAAUGUUUCCUCAAACAACACUAGUCCUGAGAAACAAUCUUGCGCUAACGGCCUAGAAGCAGAUCCACCGACUACAGGAUACGGCGCCGUUGCCGCAGCUUACUAUCCCACACUGGUAAAACGCAAGCCCAAAGAGGCCGCUGAUUCCAAAAGAGAACGAAAAGCGGCAAAGACAUUAGCAAUAAUUACUGGUGCGUUUGUAGCGUGCUGGCUUCCUUUUUUCGUAUUAGCUAUAUUAGUUCCGACGUGUAAUUGUGAGGUUAGUCCUGUACUAACAUCCCUAUCUUUAUGGUUAGGCUAUUUCAAUUCGACGCUGAAUCCAGUGAUAUACACCGUAUUCAGCCCGGAAUUCAGGCAUGCGUUUCAGCGACUGCUCUGUGGGCGUCGCGUGCGACGUCGUCGCGCUCCGCCUUAGUUACCUCGCAUCCCUCGCUCUUCAAUUUUACGAGCCUUUACCCCAAGCCGACUGACCUCGAUGUUCUUCUCGAUACAUAUUGUGUUUGUUACCUUGUUACAUUUUCAGAGAUAUAUUUACACCCUUUUAUUUUUUGUACGAGAUGAAUGAGGAAUUAAAUAAUUAUAUAGUUAAUAAAGCAAAUAAUCUUUUAUAAUUAUUAUGAUAAAAUUAAGUUUUUAUAAGUUAGCGAUAUGUAUAUUAUUUAUGAUAUGAUCAAACUUAGAUACAAUAGAACAUUCUGUGAUCCAUGAUUGUAGAAUAUAAGAAAGGUACUAAAUAUUUUUAGGGAGAAAAUAUCAAAAAGUAACUUAUGAAGAAUAUGUUUCUUUUUAAUUACCUGUGGUGUCUAAAUCUUAUGUUUGAAAUAUAAUACCUAUUAUAUUAUUAUUAUUAAAAA